AUGUUUUUACUUGCGAUUUAUUUAAGUUAUCAUUGUGCGAACAAAACUAAGCUUCCGCGAGUAACAAUGUUUUAUGCUGCUAUAUUACGCUUCAUUCGGAGGCCCUUGGUGCUUGGAAUCAUAUUUGCUUCAUCAUUAACUUACUGUAUUGUGAGUUUUCUCAAAGAGGGUAACAACAAAAAUAUGAUAUAUCAAGACGUCUCAGUUCAACAUAAGCCAUUUGUUUGGCGUACUCUACAAGAGCAUAAUGAAACAACUGAUGUGGAAUGUAGAAAUUCUGUCCAAGGCCGGGCAUUAAUUGUUGAUGAUAGAGGAUAUGUUUGCCGAAGAAAUGAUAUAGGGCAAAAUGGUUGCUGUGUGAUUGACACAGAUGAAACUACACGAUAUAGUUGUCAAUCAUGUAACGAGGAUCACUGCUGUAUCAUUUAUGAAUACUGUGUUGCAUGUUGUCUUGAUCCUAAAAAGCGUAACAUGCUGCAAGUUGUGUUAUCUAAAUUAACUGCAGAAGAGCAUGUUCUGGUGCAUUCCCUUGCUGACGAUUACGAGCUGUGUCUUACAAAAUGUAGGACAAGCUCCCAUAGUGUCUUGCACGAGAAUUCAUAUAAAAACCCAGGUCACAAGCAUUGCUUUACCGAUAAUCAAAUGGUAUCAAAAGAUUCCUAG